AUGAGCAACUGCCACAUGAGCCUCCUUGACGCACGUUAGUAGGAUGAUUAUAUCGCGCAGACAGUGCUACCCAUUCAACUCGUCCUUCGGUGACCGACACCGGCGAUGAAUGCCAAGCGGUUUCAUGAGCCCGUCUCCCGGGCGCAAUUUGGCGUCGAGUCCGGCGAAAUAGAGACAAAAAUCACCCCCUGGGCGGGCUCGCUGAUUAUGUAGUAUUGCCAUUGGUUCCUGAAAAAGUUCGCUGCUUAUCGGGCAUGAGAGGUGGUUUUUUUCAAACAAAAGCCCGCGUUCCUUUGACCGGCGACACUUACGUCUUAUAUAAAAGGUGGGCUGCCUCUCAUCAUCACUCCUUGUACGUCCUCUUCUAUACAGUGCUGAGCACCUCGUGCAAAACAUCGUAUACUUCACCAAUUUAUUCUCUCGGAAAGCAUGUCUGAGAAACCCAUCGAAUCCCCGCCUGCAGCGACCACACGCUCCCCAUCCCUCGAUCCCACAUUACACUCUUCUACCGAUGCUGAACUGGGUGUCAUCGCCAUGGCGGCUGGGAAACCACCGGUUCCAAUCGAUGGAGAGGCUUCCGAUGAUGAUGCUCACCAUGUUCAUCCUCUGGCUCAACUGGGAGCAGUGAGGAAGAACUUUCUCCUGUUCAUCUUUGCCGUUGCAACCUUUGUCGAUGUGUGCAACGUCUCCGGAGUCGCCAUUGCCGUUGCACAAAUCGGCAUGGACACCGGUCUGCACAUCUCACAAUUGGUCUGGAUCAUUACAGCCUACUCCCUCUCAUUCUCCGCUUUCCUCCUGUUCGCAGGACGACUGAGUGACUUGUUUCCCGCUUCCGUCAUCUUUGAAGCUGGUUUCGCCAUCCUCGGUAUAUUUUCACUCGUCACCUCCUUUGUCACCAGCGACAAGUAUGGAUUCUUGGUCCUUCGAGGCCUUGGCGGUGUAUCUGGAGCCAUGACCAUCCCUUCAGCUUACCACCUCCUGGUUCACAUGUUCCCAGAACCAAAUCAACAGCAACAGAAGUUGGGCAUGUUGGGCUUGGCAGGUGCAUCGGGAAACGUGUUGGGUCUGGUCCUGGCUGGAUUGUGCAUGUUGGCGAGCUACAAAUGGUUCUUCAGGCUCAUGGCUAUCAUCUGUAUCAGCUUCUCCGCCAUGACUAUCUUUCUCUUGCCUUACACCGGCUCAUCGUACGCCCAGGGCAAAGACUCAACCCCACGAUGGAAGCGGAUGGAUGUCAUUGGAGUCUUGAUUCUCGAGGGAGCUUUGAUCUGCUUCAUCCUCGCCUUGACUCAAGGACCGAUCGAUGGAUGGAACAGUGCCAGCUUCAUCGCCCCAUUCAUCCUUGCUUUCCCUCUUGGUGUUGGAUUUUUCUUCUGGGAGAGCCGAAUCCCACCCAAGUCUGCUGUCCUGCCCAGCUCGGUCUGGAAGAUCACCAACGUCAUCAUCAGUUCACUCGCUGUCCUGUUUCCCUUUGCUUUCUGGGCAACAUCUCAACUACAGUAUGCCACAUUCUGGCAAGAAGUACUGCAUUGGAGCCCUAUUCAUGUCGCCGCUGCCAUGCUUCCACAAGGUAUCAUCGGAUUGAUCAUCGGUGGAUUGGCUCAGCCGAUCCCCGGUAUCAUCAACAGACCUAGAAUCUCGUUGCCCAUCGGCGCAGUGUUAAUCAUCAUCGCUGAGAUCCUCCAAGUGUACUCGGAUGGAGGGCGUGGGAUGAACUAUUGGAGAUACUGUUUUCCCGCGUUCAUCAUCGGUUCAGCUGGUGCCAUGAUCACCUACUUCGCUUCGGCGAUCAACUUGAUCUCGUACUGCCCUCCAAGCAGGGCGGGCGUGGCUGGGGCAUGGUGUCAAGUCUUAGCUCAGGUCGGCGGAGCCAUCUGCCUCGCCGUUCAGGCGGGUUUGCAAACUGACGACUUGGCCGACUGGAAGAAGUCCUCAGGCCGUGCCUACUGGUUCAUGGUCGCCUGGGUGGCUGUCCUCUCGCUCCAGUACCUCAUUCUAUACAGGAAGCCUGCUUCCGUCGCCGAAGAACAUGAACGAGCGAUGCAGAGAAUCAGAGAUGCCGGCAAGGAAUGAAAGAGAAUGGCAAGAGAGUGUUCUGAACGUCAACCAUGUCAUAUCACGUCCCAUAGAGCUCUAUAAUCCCUGUGCAUGUGUAUCAUCUUGCUGACACA